AUGUUUUCCGAAGAAUGUCCAUUCUGCGACAUUGCUGCCAGUAACCGUCCUGGCUCGCUGGAAUCGACGUCCACCGUCUUCUACUCCACCGAGCAUGUGCUGGCAUUUCUCGACAUCCAACCGCUGGUUUCCUCAGCAGCCCAUGUCCUCGUCACCAGUCGCAAACACUACAAAACACUGGACGAGCUUGCAUCUGAUCCCGACACUUCAGCUGCUCUCGGAAUAGCACUUGCCAAAGUAUCCAAAGCCCUCAAGACCCAGUUCGGUGCCGAGGCAUUCAACAUCGUGCAAAACAACGGCUCCGCUGCUGGCCAAGUGGUUCCCCAUGUCCACUUCCACGUCGUCAUCCGCAAACAACAGACCAACCCGCCCUCCACUCUACCCAAAUCCGCCGACCUGAUGAAAACACUCCUCUCAGCCCCCUCCUACGACUCUCUCGACUUCAAAACCAAAAUGGCCUACUCCUCCCUCAUCUUCGGCCGUGGAACCCGCCAAGACCUCGACGACUCAUGGGCCGCUACUCUCGUCCCCCAACUACGAACUGCCCUGUCGUCCCCGAAACUUUGA